UUCGGUACGCGGUUGGUGCACACCCUAGUGAAAUUAUUCGCUGGGGUAAUUAUUGGGUUGCCCGUCGACGGACUUCUCAUUCUCGUGCUCCUUUUGUUCCGUGUGUCGAUCGUGUACACGAACUAGUGUCGUAAACAAAGAGAAUUAGCCGAACGAAAUGAUCAAUGGGAUCUCUGGUCCGUAGGUGAAUAAGGUGAACCCUUGGAUACCUCUCGGACGAUCCAAUAGAUCUCAGUCGCGUUUUUCUUGCUCUUCUUUGCGCCUUCUUUUUCUGCGCCUUCUCGCUUACUUUUUCUUCGUUGCAAAAUAAGUAUAUUGUGCUCGAGAACGACUACCUCGUGGCACACACACGACGCAUUCGUUGGCAUUCGGUCGCUGGUUGUGUCACACGAUAGCGUGGAAUUCGCGAUGCAGUGAAAACUCGAACGAUUUCUACGAAAAUACUUUUCCAGCCGGGAUAGGCGUUCCUGCGAAACUACGAGCUGCUUGAGCUACUCUGGUAAAAGGGAUAUCUGGUCGUGGGUCCAGGGUUGAAGAGGACUCGGGGAGCAUCCGAAGAGGGUCCUGGCGAUGACUGAAGGAUCCUGGGACUGGGCAAGGAUCCAGGGUACCCGAGAAAGCCGAGAGGACGGUCCCGGUUCGGAUUUAUGAUGCCUUGCUCGCCGGCAAUAUGCUCGGCAUCACCAUUUUGGUUUCGUUGAAGCCGAGGGCAACCUUCGAGUGUCCCUCCGCCUCCAGCUCCGGCUCGAGUUGGACUGAAAGAAAAGGAAGAGGGAAAGGAACAAGUUCUUCGGUGCCUGUGCACAGUCUAGUUCAAGACUCGCGAUGAUAGUGAACGUCCUCCUCCCAUGAAGAUUCCUCUGCCCGGCCUCUGUCCGGCCUUCUCUGCCUAAACCAGAAACUAGUGUCACCCAGUAUCGUGAACUGGCCAACGUUCGCACGGGUCGCGGAACCUCUCAGCAGAUCAACUUCGUCAAACGAUCUUCAGAAUCUCCAGAAGAAAAUGACCGUGAAAAGUAAGAAAACAAAGUUGGUCCCGCCGGAUGGAGGAUGGGGUUGGGUCGUCCUAACAUCCGCCCUGGUCGUCAACUUCCUAAUCCCAGGAACUGUGAAGUCAUUCGGCGUCCUCUUUGUCGAGUUUCUCCACGUCUUCAAAGCUUCUUCCACCGCUGCCUCGUGGAUGCCAGCGUUAUGUUAUUUCUUGUACAAUUCCUUAGGUCCCUUAUCGAGUAUCUUGUCCACAAAGUACUCCUACAAAACGGUAACCAUCGUCGGUGGCGCAUUCGCGGCUUGCGGAAUGAUGUCGAGUUACUUUGCGAACUCGGUUUCCUACUUAUACGUUAGCUAUGGCUUGAUGGUCGGAAUCGGUGCUGGAUUGACUUUCCCGCCAACGGUGUACAUCGUGACCGCUUAUUUUGAAAAGCUUCGAGGUUUCGCCAACGGUCUAUGCAUUUCCGGUAGCGCAAUCGGUACCAUCGUUUUGCCGCCAUUUUUGCAGUAUCUACUCGACUGUUUCGGAUACAGGGGUGCUGUAUUAAUAAUGGGUGCAAUUACACUAAAUACAUUAGUCUGUGGCUUACUAUACCACCCUGUGGAGGAACAUAUGAUUUCUGUGCCUGUGGAAGAAGGAAUUGAUAAUGAUGCAUUAUCUAUAGAUGAACCAGCCCUUGAUAAAAAGGAGACAGUGUUAAGCGUUGACAAUGAAACUCAAUCGAACGAUGACAAGAGGCUCAAGGAAGAAGAAAAACUCGAGGAUGAAGAUUCUCAAACAACCAGUGACUCUAAAGAAACUGAUUGCUCAGAAUAUAAAAAUGAAAGCUCACUCGAAGACAAAGAGAAAGAGAUAGAGAAGGGAGAUACCUGUAAUUCAAGCGAUAAGGAUCUCACCAAAGAAAAAGGAAGUGUUUUGAACUAUGAAAAUGCAAGUGUAUUAAGACGUGGAAGCACUGUAUCAGAGUCCAAUGUUACGGAUAACAAGAAUGGAAGUUCAGAAAUGAAAAGGUAUUCGCAAAGCAAGAGUAAAGAUGAAAAGGUUCUUGAAAGCCCUAAGAAAAGUUUAGGAGAACUAUCUGAGAAAUCAGUAUCCAAGGUAUCGUUAUCCAAGGUAGAGGAACCAGAGAAAUCACAAUUCUUCGAUUUAAGUGUACUUAGGGAUCCAAUUUAUUUAGUAAUUUUGAUUUCCAAUACUACCUCAGCGAUUAGCAAUACCAAUUUUAUGAUCUUACUGCCUUCUUAUGCCAUCUCACAAGGCUUUGACAGGAAUUCCUCUGCUUUACUUCUGUCGGUGGUCUCUGCUUUUGACCUAGUUGGAAGAAUCAGUGGUGCUUCAUUGUCGGACAUUAAUUUUGUACCAAAGUAUUACUAUUUUGUUGGUGGUCUCGGUACUAGUGGACUAGCUUUGGCGCUAUUACCCAUGGCAACAAGUUAUGCUAUGCUUUCGUUCUUUUGUGGACUGUUUGGACUAUCUUCUGGUAUGUAUAUUGGUAUUACAACAGUGAUUCUGGCGGAUAUGCUUGGUACUGAAAAACUUAGCUCAUCGUACGGUAUAUCAUUGUUUGUUAACGGAGUCCUUCAACUUGUUGGACCACCUGCCUGUGGUGCCAUAUUUGAAACUGUAGGUUCGUACAAACCGAUCUUUUUGGCAUUUGGUAUUAUACUUAUUCUUGGCACUGCAUUAUGGGCAGUUGUACCACUUAUAAAACGAAAGAAUAAAAAGGAUAUACAAUCUGUAUAACAACGUAACACCAUUAGUAUUAUAUUAUGAUAUUGUAUACAGAAUCUUAAGUGCCUUUACAAACUGUGAAGUAUUUUAGGUUUUCUAAUAAUCGUAUGAGGAUUGCUAUCCGAUUAAGAAUUUAUCAGGAAAAAAUAUUUAAUUCGUUUCACUCACUUUAUUUUGAUUUGUCAAACUAUAAAUUAGUCUGUCAAUUAAAGGUGUAUAAAAUAGCACUUUAGAAUAUAAUAGUAUUAUUUCACGAAUAAUGACAUCACUGUUGUGAAAGUGUAUACAUAAUUACAGUAACUACAAUUCCAUGUACAUUAACAGUACUAAAUAAUUUACAGUUUACUUAUUAAUAUUAGUAAUCUAUCUAGGAGAGAAAGUAUCUGAAGGAUAACUGAAAGAUAAAAUUUAGGGAAUUCACUAUUUUUUUUUUCAUCUAAAAGUAUGCAAUCAUCAUUGUGUCAAUACACAGGACAGAAGUUCUUAGUCAAAAUAUCGAUCUCCAUUCGCAUAUAACAAUAUUACUAUAUUUUUCAGAAAACUAUUUAUAAAAUCAAAUACACAAUUUAUUGAA